CAGUAUUUAAAAAAUCGAAUCAAGCAUGAUCACGUGGUAAAAGGCAGCCAUCAGAAGCUAUGACGUCAAAAUGUGUACAUUUCUAAAAACACCGUCAUGAAACUCGUUAACACGCGCUAUAUCUUGUAUACAGAAGAAAAUAUAAAUAAUCCAUACAGAAAAUACGUAUUUCUAGAAAAGAAAAAGGUGAAAAAAGAAAGGAUAGUACAGUCCGAACGAAACAGACAUCCAUAAGGAAGAAGAAACAAGCACUUUACUAUGCCGAUUUUACCUGCAAAUUCAAAGCAUUUAUCCAAUGAUGCUCAUCCGACAAAUCCAUACAAGAAUGAUAUUGUGUUAAGUUAUCAUGAUUACUUACUCAGGACAUCAGAUGUCGCAUUACUGGAGAGAAAUGACUGGCUUAAUGACAUUCUAAUAGGAUUCUAUUUUGAAUAUCUGAAUCAACAAUAUAGGAAGGAUAAUAAAAGCCAGUUAUUAUUUAUUGGACCCGAAGUAGCUCAGUUAUUAAAGAUGCAGGAUUCUUCACAAUAUAAUAUAUUUUUGGAUCCUAUUGAAGCUACAAAUUAUGAUUUUAUAUUCUUUCCUCUUAAUGACUGUGAUAGCAACGAGGCAGGUGGCUCACAUUGGAGCUUAUUAGUAUAUUCUCGUAUGGAAAAAAUGUGUUAUCAUUUUGAUUCGUCCAGCGGUAUUAAUGGCUUCUCUGCGAAAAAACUUGCACGGAAAGUGAUAAAAUAUUUUCUUGAGAAACAAGAGAGAAAAUAUAUUGAAAUGGAUUGUCCGCAACAAAAUAAUAGCUACGAUUGCGGUUUAUAUGUUUUAUGUUUAGCAGAUAUAAUAUCUAAAUAUGCUAUAAAAAAUUGUAGAGUAAGCGAUUGUGAUUGUAGUAUCGUUCCAGAAAUGGUUUCGAAAAAACGUAACAGUUUAUUAAAAUUAAUUUACGAUUUGAAAAAUACAUCUAAUAAUGCAUAA